AUGGUGAAGGGACGUCAAGGCGAGCGUGUUAGGCUCUAUGUGAGGGGUACCAUCCUUGGAUACAAAAGAUCCAAAUCAAACCAGUACCCAAACACAUCUCUGGUCCAAAUUGAAGGAGUGAACACCAAGGAGGAGGUAGCAUGGUAUGCUGGUAAGCGGUUGGCAUAUAUCUACAAGGCCAAGGUGAAGAAGAAUGGAACUCAUUAUCGCUGCCUAUGGGGAAAGGUUACAAGGCCACAUGGUAAUAGUGGUAUUGUCCGUGCCAAAUUCACAUCAAAUCUUCCUCCCAAAUCAAUGGGAUCGAGGAUAAGAGUAUUUAUGUAUCCCAGUAACAUCUGA